ACAAUGAACAACCUUAAAUAAAUAAACCACAAACACGAUUGUAUACGAAGGAAUCUGUCAUAUAACGUUAUUCAUAUUAUUUGCGUUGUCUGGCAAAAAGGGAAACUAGCUAUGCCAAAUGUGACGGAGUAUCUUCUGACCAAUCACAAACCACUUUGCUUAGAGGUGGACGACGGUUCUGCGUAGGCAGCAGUGUGCGUGCGAUGAGGUAAACAGUUGGCGUGUUAAAACAAAACAAAAAUGGAUCCACCGAAAGAUGUGCAGCCGCCCAAACAGCAGCCUAUGAUCUACAUAUGUGGAGAAUGCCACACUGAAAAUGAAAUUAAGGCCCGUGAUCCAAUCCGAUGCAGAGAGUGUGGCUACAGGAUCAUGUACAAGAAGAGAACAAAGAGAUUGGUUGUCUUUGAUGCCCGAUGAAGAAGAGGAGAGCAGUUGUUUUGAUUAUUUUUGUUGUGUACUAUUUUUGUAGUGUAUGACCAUGUAUAUACAUAAUGCAGAUCAACAACUCCAUAUGUUCUGACCUCCAGGCCUGGCUACAGAUUUCCAAAAUAUGGUUGAAGCUCAACAUUUUCUUUUUGACACGCAUAGUACUGUUUUUUUACCCAAGAGUAAUGGAUGAAAGGUUUUUGUUUAUUAAAAAACAAGAUUGAC